AUAUCCUCCGCCCGCCCCCGUUCCACCCUUUCCCCUCCCUCCCCUUCCCUCUAUUUCACCACCCGCAUCCGCCCUCCCCCGCGACGAUCACCGGGUGCAAUCCGUCCACUCUGCCCACCGGAAAUCUCCUUUCUUUCCGGCGACUGGGAGGCGGCGGCGAUGAAGUUCGGCAAGAGCCUCAGCGGGCAGAUCGUGGAGACGCUGCCGGAGUGGCGCGACAAGUUCUUGUCCUACAAGGACCUCAAGAAGCGCCUCAAGCUCAUCGGCGCCGGCGCUGGGAGCGGGGCCGAGCGGCAGCCCAAGCGGGCCCGCCGCGAGGACGGCGGGAAGGCCGACGCGUCCUCCGGCGCCCCGGCGGCGGCGGCGGCGGCGGCGGCGAUGACGCCCGAGGAGGCGGACUUCAUGCAGCUCCUGGAGGCCGAGCUCGACAAGUUCAACUCUUUCUUCGUCGAGAAGGAGGAGGAAUACAUCAUCCGCCAGAAGGAGCUGCAGGACCGCGUGGCCAGGGCGGCAGGGCAGGACUCCAAGGAGGAGCUCAUGCGGGUGCGCAAGGAGAUCGUCGACUUCCACGGCGAGAUGGUGCUGCUCGAGAACUACAGCGCCCUCAACUACACUGGACUGGUUAAGAUUCUCAAGAAGUAUGACAAAAGAACUGGAGCCCUGAUCCGUCUGCCCUUCAUCCAGAAAGUCCUGCAGCAGCCUUUCUUCACCACUGACCUCCUGUACAAGCUUGUGAAGCAGUGCGAAACCAUGCUGGAGCAGCUCCUGCCGACCAGUAAGCCAUCUGUAUCACGUGAAGAUGGAAAAGUAGAUAGCAAUGACGAAGAAAAGCCAGCAAAGCCCACUUCCUUGGUCAACGGCAGUGGCAUUCCGGAUUUAGAUGAGCUUGAGUACAUGGAGGGCAUGUACAUGAAGAGCACAGUUGCAGCACUUAGGUCGCUGAAGGAGAUCCGGAGCAAGAGUUCGACUGUCAGCAUGUUCUCGUUGCCACCUCUUCAGGGCAACAAUGCGCCUGAAGAGCCGGAGAGGUGGAACAAGAUACCUGUGAUAGAACAGGCCGCCAAAUGACAUGGCGAAUGUGCGAUGUCUAUGCCUCAACUGAUCACAACUUUAGUCUUGACAUUUGCUGGAGACAGGGCCGGGAUCCUCCCUGUCGUAUAUUAAGUAAUCUGUAUGAGUUCAGGAUACCUAACGGCUGUAAAAUGGUGGAGAUGUCGUUUAUAUGAUGUUAAAUCAUAGAAUCCCAGCAUAACCGUCAGACAGAACUGAGCUGAUUUUAUUCACUAUUGUGAAUUGAUCCGGUAAUUUUGCUGAUCAACAUAUUUUGUUUAUGGUUUGUUCAUUGUU